AAAAGAGAAAAAAGACCGAAACAGCUCUCAGAUUUCUUCUUCUUCUCCUCCCGUAAGCCUCGAGAGCCUUUUGUCUCGUUUCUCCGAGACCCCAUCACAGCCGCGAUGACGUCGACCGAGACGGAGGACGCCGUACGACGUCGCAACGCCGUCAACGAAUACCGCAAGAGGUUACUCCAGCACAAGGAGCUCGACUCCCGAGUCCGCGCAGUGCGAGAAAACUUGCGAGGAGCUAAGAAGGAGUUUGGGAAAACUGAAGAUGAUUUGAAGUCGCUUCAAAGUGUUGGCCAGAUUAUAGGGGAAGUUCUGAGACCUCUCGAUAACGAACGCUUGAUAGUGAAGGCAAGUAGUGGCCCUAGGUAUGUGGUGGGCUGUCGCAGUAAAGUGGACAAAGAAAAACUAGUAGCGGGCACUCGGGUUGUUUUGGAUAUGACUACCCUGACUAUCAUGAGGGCUCUUCCAAGAGAGGUUGAUCCAGUAGUGUAUAAUAUGCUUCAUGAAGAUCCUGGUAAUGUUAGCUACUCUGCUGUGGGAGGGCUAGGAGAUCAGAUCAGAGAACUUAGGGAGUCUAUAGAGCUGCCUCUAAUGAACCCUGAGCUCUUCCUUAGAGUGGGCAUCAAACCACCCAAGGGUGUUCUUCUAUAUGGACCUCCGGGAACAGGGAAGACAUUACUAGCCAGAGCAAUUGCAAGCAACAUAGAUGCUAACUUUCUAAAGGUUGUAUCAAGCGCCAUUAUUGAUAAGUACAUUGGUGAAAGUGCAAGAUUGAUAAGGGAAAUGUUUGGUUACGCUCGUGAUCACCAGCCCUGCAUCAUUUUUAUGGAUGAGAUCGAUGCUAUUGGUGGACGGCGUUUUAGUGAAGGGACAAGUGCAGACCGUGAAAUCCAACGAACACUCAUGGAGUUGCUUAACCAGUUAGAUGGAUUUGAUCAACUUGGAAAGGUGAAAAUGAUCAUGGCGACAAACAGACCUGAUGUUCUAGAUCCUGCACUUCUUCGGCCAGGGAGACUAGACCGGAAAAUAGAGAUUCCAUUGCCUAAUGAACAAUCAAGAAUGGAAAUUCUUAAAAUCCAUGCUGCUGGAAUAGCUAAACAUGGGGAAAUUGAUUAUGAGGCAGUUGUGAAGCUUGCUGAGGGCUUUAACGGAGCAGAUCUGCGGAAUGUCUGUACUGAAGCUGGGAUGUCUGCGAUCCGUGCUGAACGCGAUUACGUCAUUCAUGAGGAUUUCAUGAAGGCUGUAAGAAAGUUGAACGAAGCCAAGAAGCUGGAAUCUAGUGCACACUACAAUGCUGAUUUUGGGAAGGAAUGAGGCCAACUUUGAAUUAAACCCAAGAGUUAAUAGAAACUCCAAGCAUCUGCUGUCUGUUGGACUAUUUAUUUAUGAAAUGUGGAAGGUGGUACUAGAAAACAGGUUCCAGAAGGAACUUCUACUGUUCCGUUUCUUUUGGACAACAUUUACUCGUGAGUUCAUUAGAUCUUCGUACCAUCAUUGUUGAACAGUCUGUUUGUUGCCUAGUUUACUGUACUUUUAAGACCUCUUCUGUAGUUAAUAUCAGUGUUGGCUCACAAUUAAAUUGUUUCUCGGAUUUUCACAGGAGCCAUAACUUGUUCUUUGAUCUGUCUUUUUAUGCUAAAUGAACUUUUUCUAUCAAGUAAUUCAAUUAUGAGAAAAAAUUAUGCAUCAUUGAAGCCCUUUGAUGAUUUUUACAGGCUUGUCCCGCAAAAUGUCUGAUAUCAAUUACAUUGUCGGUUGGGAUUUUGUGCAUUUCUAUUUUCCAAGGGAGACAGUGUCCGCUGGAAUAGACUUUCUUGUGUUGGCGCACUGCUUCCUCUUUCUUUUGUUACAAGCUGCUCUGGUCCUUCUCAUUAUAGUGUCUGUCAAGAAUUCAGUUGUUCAAGCAGUCAAAUUUUUAAAGAAUUAUGUGCAACUUUGUAUAUCCUGAUAUUUGAUCUUUUAUUGUAUUUGGAUUCUCACCUCUAUGUGCUUUACAAACCGGCCGAAACACAGUCCUACUAUGAAAGAAUCCUGUCGUCCUCUUCCAUAGUGGGACUGUCUUCUCUUCUUAGUGUUGGGGAAGUGAGGCUGAAUGGACCUGGCCAUGGAAUUUGCAGCGGUGUGUUUUAGGCAGCAAAACUGUUGCCCUUGAACCCUAAUGCAGGGACCUAAACCAUAUGUAUAAUGUCUUGUUGGAAUAACCGUAUCAGCACUCACGUCUUUAGCUAGAUAGAGUUAAAUAUAAGCAGACCCUCCUUUUC